AGCUAACAGAAGUGAAGUCACCCUUGGGAUAGAAAACCACACUGCUGCGAAUGGCCACCAUUGCUGGAGCUGAAAAUAUCAGAGUUCUAAGGGAUCCAUAUUCCGUUAUCAGCGAUACACUGGCAGAACCAGCCCCAAGAGCACCGUUUAUACAGGCAGACGAAGGAGAAAAUGGCAAUUUCGCAGUAUUGGUUCGAGUGGCAUCUUACUCAUCCUUACCUGGCAAUUUAUCACAAUCUGUUCUCUGGGCUUCACAUUUGAAAAAAUGAACGUUGAUUAUGGCAAGCCCAAUGAUACCUAUCUGUGGUUUUGGCAAGCUAGAUAUGUUGUUGGUAUUUGUGUUACUCUUUGCUUUAUAUUUCCAAUAGUAAGUAUUAUAGGAGAGGUUGCCAUUGGUCGAUACAAACUUGUCAGCUACUGUCUAAAGACGAUGUGGUGUAUGUAUAUUCUUGCACUGGUUCUAUCGCUAUGUGAAGAGAGCCUGCCUGUGAGAAAAACUACAAUCCACGUUAUCCAGGUCCUUAUUGCAGUGCUACAGUUUUCAAUUCAGGGGGCAUUUCUAGCGAGUGCAGUUCCACUUGGAAUAGACCAGCAUUCUAGGAUCUGCUCUCUACAGUUGCACACACAUCCAACGAAGUGAAGUCAGUAUGGUGAUGUCACUGCUGCCAGUCCUACUGCUCUCUGUGGGACUCAUUUUGGACUUUCAUUUCCACCACAAACUGGUGAAAGAGCCAGUGACUGUCAAUCCAGUGAGUCUUAUUUUCAAAGUCUUGAAAUAUGCAGCAAAGCACAAGUAUCCAGUUCAGAGAAGUGCCUUCACAUACUGUGAAAAUGAACGGCCAACAAGACUGGACUAUGGCAAGUCGAAAUAUGGUG